UUGAAGAAAAUUGAUCUGCUAUUUUUCAUGUUGUAAAAUCUAGUGAAAAUUUUAUGUGAAAAACUAUUUGCAGAAAAAUGACUCAGCAACUGCUUGGUAUGUGUGAUUAUGUCUGAUUUGUAAAUAUGACCAUCAGAUGAACUCUUAGUCUCCUUCCUUUUUUUUUUUUUUUUUAGUUUUACGAUAGAUGUUAGGUUCACUCACAUGGAAUACAUUUCCUCAAUCAGUAUUUUUUAUUUGAAAAUAUUUUAUACACAAAUCUCACCUAAUUAUUUUGCAUGGCAUGACAAGUUUUAGUCUAAUCCAAAAUGAUCAACUUUGCUUGACAAUGUGAGGUGUUAAUUAAUUUGCAUUUCUCAAUCUGCUUGACAUGCGCAUUUGUAUCACUAAUGAUAUCUCAUCAUUCCACCCCCACACAAUUUUUGAUCAAUUCAUCCAUUUAAUAGAGGCUGUAAGUAAUGUGUUUAUUACAUCAUUUUAUUUAUUUGCCUCUCCCAUCAUUAAGAGUUGACCAAGCAAUGACCUCUUGUUUUCCCCAUACAUUCAAUAGCAUGGCCUGGUGAACUCUUCUGUGUGCCCUUGACUUCACCUCAUGACCAGCUGGUGAACUUAGGCAUGUCUGGCCACUAAAAAGGCCUAGGUACAGAAAUUGACAUAAUUAGCUGUUUAACUAGGCAGACUUUGACAUGGGCGCUAGGGGGUGAUGUCAUGCAGCAGGGGUUCAUUGUUUUAGUCUAUGGAACUUGGGUUUAAAGUACCGGGGCAAAAUCCAAGCCAUAUCUAAAAUAAACAUGUUUGUGCCGGUUUAAGUGUGGAGUCACUGAAAGGCUGAAAGAGUAAAGAAAUACUUUAUCGCACUGUAUAUUUAUCUAUCCCCCCUCUGAAAGAAAUGGUAUAGUCUGCUCUACUAGCUGUGGACAUUCAAUAUUGCGACUCUAUAGAAGCAGCCACAGGUGUGUUGCGAGCUAAAAUAACAGGCUUACAAAAUGAUGGACAUAAAGAAAGAAGAAAAAAGGCACACAGAGUUAUCAGAUCUUAUCAAGAAGCCACUUGCAAUGGUAAUUUGUAAGACUGAACCUGAAGACAAAAUGGAAAUUGUUUCCCAAUAUUUGAGUCAGAAAGAUUAUGAAAAGGACAUGGAAGUGAGUAGUGAUCAUGACUCUGAGAACUUAUGUGACUCAACAGAAAAGGACUCAUUUGAGGAGAGUAAAUGUGCCAAUGACCAUUCAUUGGAAGAAAAAGAAGAGUACAAGAAUGAGGAGCCCAGAAGCAUAAUAACUGGCCAUGUUACAGUAAAGAGAGAUUCUAGAUGUGAAAGUGAUAGUGAGGGUGAUAGCAGUCAUAUGCAUAACAAUGGAGAAGCUGAAGACAGUUUGGUUCCUCCAGAUUUGCAAAAUAGAUAUGCCAACUCUGCAGUAGCUGCCCUCCUGUUGAGUGGCAGAUAUUCUGAAGAUGGCCGAGAAGUAGCAGCUCUGGUAUCAAAUGCUUCUCAUGAAAAUGGAAGUGAUAAAAAUCAGCAAUGGCAGUGUCAGUCAUGUUCUUUUGCAACGAACAACUAUGGCCACUAUCAGCUGCAUUCAGACUAUCACAGAAGAAACAAAACAGGUAAAAUGUUCCAGUGCAGUAAAUGUGAUUUCAUUGCCAAUGAGCGAGGUAAGCUGAGACUCCAUCUUCGGGCACACAACUGCAACCAAAUCAGUGUAUUGCAGUGCAGCAAGUGUCCCUUCUCCUCCCUCAUCAGUACCAAAUUUAGGGAACAUCUCAUGAGUGUGCAUCGUGUCCCUGUGCCAAGAGAUAUAGAUCUGAAGAAAAUCAGUAAAAAUUUAACAUCGGUACUUCUGCCACCCAAAGAUGAUCUCACAGAAGCACCAGUCUCCCCUGAUUCAGGGGUAAGAAGUUCAUCCUCUCCUAUUCUGCUAGAUGCUCUUGCGGGCAGACUUCUGAACCCAAAGAGGCCCAGUAGCGUACCAAAUGAGUGGAGUCAUGCAACUCGGAGAGAUAACAUGACUGAGGAAACCAGGUCUGUGUCAUCAUUGGCUCUCUCAAGUUCUGAUGCCAUAAUGUGUGACAAGAAUGGAGGUUCAGUCAGUCAAAAGGACACCUUUGAAAAAAGAAAAGAUCAUGUUUUAGAAUAUCCCAAAGAGAGUGGUUUUGCUUCAGCUUGCCUGCAAUCUAUUGCCCAGGGCAUCAAGAGAGGCCAACAAAGCCAGAUCCAGCCAUACAGUCCUGCCAUCUUAUCAGUCUUGACAAAAACAUCUGCAGCAGCAUCAGCACAGUCAUUUAAUCAAGCCAUAUGUACUUCCAGAGGAAAAGAAAUGACAAAAGCAACUACCCAAGCAAAUUUUGUGAGUAGCACUAGUGUGAGCAAUAAACCUAAUAGUAUGCCUACAUUGUACCAGCCAUGGACAAAUGGUAGCAUGUCAGCAACGCCGCAGAAAUCUUAUCGGUUGACAUCAAAGGGGCCGCUCCGCCCAACUGUAGUCCAGCCUGAAGUUUGGAGGCGCUGUUACUUUCAAGACACCUCAACAAGUUCCAGCUUGCCCCAUAGUAAACUAAUGAAAACAACUGGGGUACAGUGCAGUCUUCUUGAGCCCAAAUCUAACACUUCUUCCUUUAUACAUGAGAGUGAUUCUUUCUCUUGUGAUUAUUGCGGCAUAAGGUUUAAUGACUCUGUUAUCCAUUCUAUUCACAUGGGGUGUCACAGCCACACUGCACCCUUCAUGUGUAAUGUGUGUGGGCAAGAGUGUGGGAACAAGUAUGCAUUCUAUACCCAUAUUAUGAGAGGUCACCAAAAAUAAUUGUAAAAAAAAAUCUCUUUUUUUUUUUACUUUGCCAUAAAAUAGUAUGAAAAGUAGAAAAAAUAACUUCUAAAAAUGAAAAUGUUCAUGACAAUUUUUCUCUCUUCAAUUUCUUAUUGUUUUCACGAUUUUCUACUAAACUCAAAAUCAUGAAAUUGAAUGCCCAUUAAAAAAUAUCCUGAAUCUAUCCCCAGUAGAAUCCAAUUGUUAGUGAGCAACUUGAUUGUGUGAUUUAAAAAAAUUGCAUUACUGUAUUUUGGUCACUGUGAUAUUUGUUGUAAUUUUCUUUCACAUUUGAAUUAAUAAGCAAUUUGAAGAAAGGAUAGAUAGUGAUGACAUGGAUGUUAUUAUGCUAUCUAAGAUAUAUUUAUGAAUUUUCAUGUAACAUUUGAUAUUGUCUUUUAGCUGUGCACUUGUAUAUAAGAAGUUUGAUUAACCCUUUAUCAGUUACAAGAGCUGCCAAAGCACAUAAUCAAAAAUUGAAAUAAAGUGCAAUUUUCUGUAUAAUUGUGAUCACUGGAAAAUGUGUAAAAUUAGAUUAUAAUUUUGAAAAUAUUUAUAUAGCUUCUAGAAAUCUUGACUGACAUACAGGUAACUAAACAUUGUUUACAUACAUGUAUGUACCAAGUAGAUUCAUGUUGCAUCAAAUUUUGGCAGGAAAUUCUGAAAAUGAAUUUAAUGGACUGAGUGUGUUCGUAAGACUCGAUUUAGCUGUUGUGCUAUCAAGCAUAACUAAGGAGCUGAAUGUGAUAUUUAAAAUUUGACUGUGCAUGUCUUUAUCCUACUGAUGUCAUAAUGGUUUGUAGAAAAAAAUUGAUGUUUUGAGAUAUCUAUCUCCCAAAAGAAGAAUAAAAAAAUGAUAUAUGUA